CUCCUACAUAUAAUUCUCCUACAUCAAACAACGUAGUAUAUUGGUGUGACAAAAAAAUAUGGUUCCUGAUGCCCUAAUCCUGGCGGGUUACGUGCUUAUUAUGAUUAUGUGGGCAGCAGCCGUCUUCGCUACAAUUGUGACCAUAGAUGCCUGUCUUCGGCGCAGUACAUCCUCACCUCCGCCUAUUCCCAACACCAACGUCUUCGUUAGCGUAGGAGAACGACUACCCCGCCGCCCGCCGCCGGAGGUUCGGCUGAAUGUAAGAACCUUGGAGGAAAGCAUAGGAGAACGACUACCCCGCCGCCCACCGCCGGAGGUUCGGCUGAAUAUAAGAACCUUCGAGGAAGGGAGCUUAAGGGCGGGAGUGGAGGACGGGUGUGCAAUUUGCAUCACAGGGUUCGAGAAGGGCGCGCUGUCCACCGUUCUUCAAGCCUGCGAUCAUAAGUUUCAUUCCGACUGCGUCUCCGUUUGGUUGGCCAUUAACAAAUCUUGCCCUCUCUGCAGAGCUCCGGCCGCUCAAGUUCCUUCCCAACCAUAAACGGAGUAGCAAAUCCAAUCUUUAGUGUAGUUGUUCGAAUAUUAAUUACAAAUUUAACAUUUAACCGCACACAUGAAUACAUGAUCAUCUAUGUGUAUAAGGUGCAUGGAAUGCUUGAAUUGAUGUUUUUUGUUCAAACAAUUAUUCCUCUUGUAUAUAAAGGUUUAAUUUUGUGACAGCCGUUCCGAUAUAUAUUAGGGUUCUUAUUCAUUA